CUCGAGACGCAGAUCACCUGCGUGGGGAGCGAGCAGCCAGGUGAGAGUCAUGGCAGCACAAGGAGCUGCUCUUCUGUGCCUCUUCCUGAUGCUGUGCCGUGUGUCUGUGAUGGAUGGGAAAGCUGACGGGUGCAAGUGUCCUCCGGCUACAGUUUUGACCCAGCUGCCCUCAGCGGCCCCUCCUGGGACCUGCUGCCUCAACUACUCUGGCUCUUCCUUCGAAAGUGUGACGUGGACCAUGUUUGUUGCCAUGAGGGACCUGGAAAUCCUGGAUCUGUCAUUCUGUAACAUCAGCCAGGUGUUGGGCGACACGGCGUCACCGCCUCAUUUGCGGGAGGUCUACCUGGGGGCCAACAGGCUGAGGGCGGUGCCGGUGGGCUUCCUGCGCAAUGCUUCGCACUUGAGGUUGCUGGACCUGGGUUGGAACCUACUGGAGAGGCUGCCUGAGGACUUCCUGCAAGGCUCUGCUCUCCUCCAGCAGCUUCUCUUGGACUCCAACCAGCUCUCCACCCUCCCAAACUCCAUCUUCCAGAUGAGACUGAAGAGGCUGGAUCUGUCAAACAACCCCUGGGAGUGCUCUUGUGUCCUGAUGCAGGGGUUGGAGGGACAGCGCCACCUGUUUUCCUUAGCAAACAGCACUGACUGGCAGGUGGGAAACCCAACGUGUUCCUCGCCCAGGAGCCUUGCCGGUCAGGUACUGUGGUCUGUGCUGCCCAGCAAGGUUUGCUGGUCACCUGGCCUGACUGCCCUCUGCGUCCUGUUGCCUUUACUGAUCUUCCUGGCUCUGGUGCUGUACUGUUGCUGUGGCAGGAAGCGGAAGAGGAAGGAGGGCAAAUUCAACAUUACCAAACAGCCCUUGCAAUCCCCUCCAGCAAGUGGCCCCAGAGGGGCAGAACGUGACCGGCGACAUACCCCCAAGCAUCACCAAGCCGAGCAGCCCGCUGAGGGCGGGAAAGAUGCUCUCUUGAAGAACCAGUUGAUGCUACGGCCCUCCUCUGCCUUGUUGGGCAGCAGCCGGGAUCUCUACGAGGAAGUGGAAGUGCAGGUGGGUUCCGAGGGCUCCCUCGCCCCAGCCUCUCUCAAGGAGCCCCCUGCAGACCCUGGGCUUGAGGCAGAGGGGGCAGAGGACGGCAAGGCCGACCUCGACACGGUGAGCGUCACUGAGGUGAUGCAGGACUCGACCAAUCGGGAGAAGGCCUACCUCGCACAGAGCACAGAGUAUUACAGCCUGGUGCCGGGGAUGGACCUGGAGGACUCGGACCACGGGGAGUACGAAAGUGUGCCGCUCUCCUGAUGAUGGCUGACGGCUGCCUUUCCGUAACUCUGUAUUGCGGACGUCCAAGUGAAAACACUGAGAAUAGAAAAGGCCGAUGGAAGAUAAAGCACCAAAGAAAAGGGAUGUACCUGCCUACUCAAAAGGUAAACAAAAAUGUUUCUGCAUCACUGGAACUUCGAUCAGCAAAUGUCACCUCCUAGGAAACAGGUGGUCAAGCAUUCAUCGGCUGUGCUGUGCUUUGAGACAGAAGAGCCCUUUAACUUGGGGAAUGUUCUGGAAACUCAUUUGACUGGACAGUUAGGGAGUGGAAGUUCCUAGAAUGUGAAAAUAACCAAGUUAAUUGUCAGGCAGGAGAAUCCAUUUGUUGUAGUUUCAUUUCCAUUGAAGAUACAAAAGUCACUUAUAGACCUUGUGAAAAAUGAAUAAUGAAAGUAAA